CUGCAGCUUGGGUCCUAAGGCCACAUUCUGUCAGUCGGCUCCGUCCCUCCUCAGGUGGAGCACCCUGCCUUGCUGACUUUCUCUGCCUCCGGCUUCCUGUGAUAAAUGCUCAUGAAGAUGCUGACGGUGAAGACGCUGGCCCUGUGCCUGGUUCUUGCUAAGUCAGCCUGGUCCGAGGAGCAGGACAAGGUGGUGCACGGUGGCCCCUGUUUGAGGAACUCCCACCCUUUCCAAGCUGCCCUCUACACCUCUGACCACUUGUUGUGUGGUGGGGUCCUCGUUGACGCACAGUGGGUGCUCACAGCUGCCCAUUGCAACAAACCGAAUCUGAAGGUGCACUUGGGAAAACACAACCUACAGCAAACAGAGACUUUCCAAAGGCAGAUCUCUGUGGAUCGGACUAUUGUCCAUCCCCGCUACAACCCUGACACCCAUGACAAUGACAUCAUGCUGGUGCAUCUGAACAGUCCAGUCAGAUUCUCUCAAAAGAUCCAGCCUCUGCCCUUGAAGAAAGACUGCUCAGAGGAGAAUCUCAACUGUCAGAUUCUGGGCUGGGGCAAGAUGGAAAACGGUGAAUUCCCAGACACCAUUCAGUGUGCUGACGUCCAGCUGGUGCCCCGGGAUGAGUGUGAAUGCGCCUACCCUGGGAAGAUCACCAGAAGCAUGGUGUGCGCCGGAGACAAGAGAAAAGGGAACGAUUCCUGCCAGGGAGAUUCUGGAGGUCCCCUGGUAUGUGGGGAUCACCUCCGAGGGCUCGUGUCAUGGGGUAACAUACCCUGUGGAUCAAAGGAAAAGCCAGGAGUUUACACUGAUGUCUGCGCUCAUACCAGAUGGAUCCAAAGUGUCAUAAAAAACAGAUGGCUCUGACACAAGACAUCCAGUGCUCGCCCUAUGACUCCCCUGACCCUGGAUGGCUACAGAGUCUCUCUCCCUGAGACCCUGCCCUAGUCUCAGAGACUUCUGAUGCCCAGAUCUGACCCUGAUACUUAAUAAAUGCAGUGACAGAGACCCUGGAACA